UCCUGGAAGUACCCCUUGUCAUUAACUAAACUGCAUGCACCUGCACCUGCACCUGCACCUGUGUGUGUAUAAGUAUAUCUAUAUAUAAACACAACACACACACACACACUCAUUUGUAUUCAUUCCAACAUGGAAGAAAUGAACAGAAGCUCCUCCUCCACAACCUCUUCCUCCGACUCUUGCUCUUCCGACUCCAACCACAGGAAUACUAACAACCCCGACAGAAUCAAAGGCCCCUGGAGCGCCGAAGAGGAUCGGAUCCUCACUCGACUCGUCGAACGAUAUGGGCCCCGAAACUGGUCCUUGAUUAGCCGCUACAUAAAGGGCAGGUCCGGCAAGUCCUGCAGGCUAAGGUGGUGUAACCAGCUAAGCCCCUCCGUCCAGCACCGCCCCUUCUCGCCCCAAGAGGAUCAGACCAUCAUAGCGGCCCACGCCCAGUACGGUAACAGGUGGGCCACCAUUGCCCGGUUACUUCCGGGCCGAACCGAUAAUGCCGUUAAAAACCACUGGAACUCCACGCUCAAGCGCCGAGCCAACCAAGGUGCCGCUUCUUCUUCCGCUCCUUCUCUCCACUCCCACUUCCAGGAUGACCCGUUGACCGCGUUGACUCUUGCUCCCCCCGGUAUUGCUUCUGCCGCCGCGCCCCAGGAACCCCUCCCGGACCACCGCCCCUCGCCGGAGACUGCGCCGCCCGCCUUCUGGGAUAUGAUGAGGGACGUCAUCGCCAGGGAAGUCAGGGAAUACGUGUCUUCCAAUUUUUCCGACAACUCGGCUUUCCAUUAAAUUAAAUGAAUUAUGAAUCAUGAAUCAUGAAUCAUGAAUCAUCAACUAAAUUACUCUGCGGUUUCAUUAUCAGGGAAUUAAUUAAACCAUUCUGCUGUUCUGUUCAUACCAAUCUUUUUUCUACUCCGCCAGACAUUUAGCUAUUUUCUUAUGGAGUGUAUUUGGGGCAAAACCUAACGUUAUUUUUUUUUUCUUCUGCUUUUCGCUUCCCCAUCCCAACUCACGGAGUCCAGUGUUUAAAGAUGACUAUUGGAUUUAGAAGCUGGCAACUUGUCAGCUACCGCAACUUGGUCACCAAACACUGUCUUUCACUAUGGCUAGAGAUCAAGUGUUUUAACGAAACACACUUGAUUCCUGAGGAGACGGGGAAGUGAAAAAUGAAUGGUAAAUGCAUAGAUCAUAUACCAACCAGAAAACAAGGAGCUUAAUUAUUUGUGUUUGUGGUUAUCGAUACACGCUUUCUAUUUUUAUACAUUCCAAUUCUCCUUAUUUCUAUUCAAAUUAAAGAAAAAGCCUCAUCAUUUAUUAAUUAUUUCAA